AGCCUCUCAUCUCCUCUAGUUAGCGCGGCUGGAAAGCUGCUUCUCACUGACAGCGUGAGAGCGAGGGGGCAGCAAACAGCUUCAGCUGUCUUCAGAUACCGUUGGGGUACAAUCGUUUCCUUCCUGGUCAUGGCAUUUACGGAUUGUGCAAUGGGCGACCGGCGGCUGAAAAGGAUGGUGGGUCUUUACAUUUCGUCUGGAAAUCAUUGAGGGUCACUGAUGGAGUCUUUGUUCGGGGGUGAGCUGGGCCUUCUGGGCGGGGGCGAGGGACUCAAGGAGGAUGUCUGUGGGGUGGGUUGGCCCUCCAGCCCCAUCCCCGAUGACAUCUACUCUGCCUCCCACUUCGCCCUCAUCACCGCCUACCACGACAUCAAGACUCGACUCGUCGGCCUGGAACGAGAAAACAGCAGCAUCAAGAGGAAACUCAAGCUGUAUGAGAUAAAGUUUCCUAUGAUCAGCGAGUUCGGAGAGGACAGGAACUCGUACUGCUCAUUUGAGCCCAAGGAGACUGCUCUGCUGCAAUCAGAAAAUGAUAGCCUGCAACAGAAAGUCAACACCCUCACCCACGAGCUCCAGAAGAGUAAGGAGCGUGAAGAGCAGCUGGAGGAUGUCAUCCAGGCCUAUGAGAAAAUCCACAUGGAGAAAAGCAACCUGCAGAGAGACCUUGACAAGAUGACGACGCUUGUGGAGAAGCACGUGGAGCGAAUCCGCGGCCUGGAAUCGGCACUGAGGCAGCGGGACAGUUCUCUGCAGAAGCUCAACUCGCAGCUGCGCAGCAAGGAUGUGCAGUAUCUGCAGCUGCAUGCCAGCCCGACCAUCUCUCACAUGUUGGACUGCCCAGCCCUGACCCUGCAGAGCUCACGCAGCCUGGACACCCUUACUGACAUGAAGCUGCAGAGGCUGGAGGCGGAGCUGGAGGGGGCGCGGCACGAGGCCCAGGGCGCCUGUCAGCGGGAGGAGGAGCUGAAGGCCGAGUGCGAGCGGCUGCGCGAGGAGCUGCGGCAGAGCUCCCAAAGGCAACAGGACAUGCCAGGCAUCUGCGAACAGUGCGACGUGGCCUGGAUUAAGAAAGCGGGGGACGAACAGGUGAACCUGGCGCUGGCCUACACCGAACUGACCGAGGAGCUGAGUCGCCUACAGGCCCUCAGCGCCAAGCAGAAUGAGAUCCUAAGGAAAAUGUCACAGGAGCAGGCCAGUCCAGUUCAGCUGCACUCCCCAGUCCAGCUGCACUCCCCCAUCCCACAGAGGCACUCCCCCAUCCCGCAGCGCCACUCGCCCGUGCCCCAGCGCCACUCCCCCAUCCCCCAGCGCCGCUCACCCGUGCCCCAGCGCCUCUCCCCGGACAUCCACCGCCGCUCGCCACUUCCCGAAAUGACCGAUGGCCCGGCGUCCUACUCGUGCCGGCCCACCCCCCACCACCUGCGGGCCAGCUUCCAGGGCCGGCGCAGCUACUCCGAAGUGGCGGACCCCUCUGCCUACCAGCGGCCGCCUCGCUUCACCCUGGACCCGGUGUCCACACUGCCCAAACCCCGGCCCUAUGCGGAAGGCUACGUCAAACAAGGGAUUCCCCAGCCUGGGCCUCCAGGGGGAAGUGGGGGUAGCCUGGCAGGAAGCCCGCGACACAGCCGUGAGCCUCCCUUUCCCAUCUCAGAGGUACCCCAUCUGCGUUUUGAUCCGCCUCCGGGUCCCGCCCCCCUGCUGCCCCCGGCGCCACCGCAGUCCUCCGAAGACGAGGAGGAGUGGGCCUGCGCCCACUCCAGCAGCCCCCCACGCACCCUGGGGGCAUCGGCUGCCACCUCCGCUGUCCGGGGGCCAUCCUCCUGCUCAGCUUUUCCAAUCCCCACAGGGCCAAACACUCUCAGCUGCCAUCCACCUGGCUACAUGCACGCCGAUCACGCCCAGUCCUGGCCCUCCAUCAACCUGUGGAUGGAAACUGAGGAGAAUGACAUCCGGAGUUGUCCCCUGUGUCAGCUGAUCUUCCCCGUCGGUUACCCUGACGAUGCUCUCAUCAAGCACAUCGACACACACCUGGAGAACAGCAAGAUCUGAGGCACACGCCUGGGUUCGGCCACCCAGUACCUUCUGCAGUCUCAGAUCGUUUUGUGAGAACACCACAUGUUAACUGGGUAUCAUUUUCCAGAGUUGAGUCAUGCAUGCAUUGCUGGAAGGAAGCAGAAACUGCAAAAAAAGAUAAAUAAAGCAAUUAGAGAGGGCCAUUAUAGAAGAAACAGUUGCCUGUACUCCUUUACUAACUGACUGUUUUCAAGUCUCCAUCCCAGGGUAAAUCUUGUACAACACGGUGAGUGAGGGUGGAUGCUUUCAGGGACUUUCAGAAUGACAAGUUGAUCUGUUUGAUGAGACUGUAAAUGGACUGAGAUUUGAUGCAGAGUCCUGGUGUUCGACGGCAGCCGUGAAUCAUUGCUGAUGUCUGUGGAGCAUCCUGCCCCCACAUCACACUGAGGCGGCAUCACCACCGCUGUCAUCGCUCGCGAUCUCAAGCACACGAACGAAGAUGCAUGACCUUGGAAGCGCUUGCACUUUCAUUCACGUCAGCGACGGUCUGUCCUCUCGUGGACGCGUCCAGGACGGCCACACGCAGCUUGCGGAGAGGAGCGGAACAGCUGCUGUCAGUCUGCUGGCCUUUACUGUGUAAUUCGGCGACGAAACCCAGACCUUUAGGGUCCCACCUCAUGAUCUUAGCAAGACAUCACACUUAGUUCCUCCGACAAACUCACAGUACCUACAGACUGCAUUUUGGUAACACUGUUUAGCAGAUAGCUAAGGACAUUCUCCUAGAGCAGUAGAUUUUAGUUGCAUUUUUUAUUUGAAUGGAAACAGUCUUUCAGAGGGAGCAGUACGUGCAAAUUUUCAUUUUAACUAAUUGCCUAAAGUAAUUAUUUUAAUAACUGAGCUAAUUUAGUGAGCUUUCUUUUUGUGUUCAAUUUAGCAGCUAAGAGAGAGCAGGAAGACCUGUACACAGUUGUCCAGGACCAUGAAUAGAGAAAAUGCAGCUUGAACAGGCACUAAUUUCACUUUCAGGAGUUUUGGGACGUAUUUCCCAAAGCAGUCUUGUCAUCUGUCACGUUUUCCUGUUUUUUUUUUGGAUGUUAUUAAAGGAUUUCAUUUGAUCCAGGGAGCAAGUGUAGUCAGUUAUUUAAGAACUGUACUCAGGUUUGCCAGCAUUCGAACACGGGGCAGGCAAUGUGGUUAAGAUGCCCAAAUGUCUCUCUCCAUGUGCUGUGAGGUUGUAGGUCAUGUGUUUCAUACAGAUGAAGUGUGCUGCUUUUAAUGGUUUCCUCUGUGCAUGCAAUUAACUUGUUUAAGGGUUUUUGGUAGGGAAUAAAUUAAAAAAAAUAACUUAAUGGGAGAAUACAGAUCUGACAAAAUCCUUUCCUGUCAGCUAAUUUGAAUUUAGUAAGUACUGCUGGUGUAUAUAAUUUUUAAAAAGAUCAAACGGUAUCGCUCUUUCUUUUUUUCAGUCAAGUGAUUGAAAGUUUUGUUUCUGAAUUUUUAUAUCUCCGCCCCACACGCAUCGAGACUGUAUGGUUUCUGAGUAUAAGGUGCCAGGGCUUUUGUUUCAUGACUAACUGCCUUUAGUUGUUUGCACAUAAGCUGCUUUUCGUUACGUCUUCCUGGACAUUAGAGGAACGCGGUGCUUAUUUUACAGCUCAAGCUGAGGCCAUAAAGAAAGACUUGUGGUGACGUUAAUUCAUUUUUUGCACCUCGCAAGAGCCAUGUCUAUUGGUUUUGGUGAUUAAUAGCAAACGCUUCUGCUGUGAUGUAGGGCACAAAUCCCACAGAUGCGGUCCUCUUAUGAUGAACGUACCAGACAGACAGCUUGCUGUCUGAUCCCACUGAUUCAUAUUCAUUCACCAAACCACCAGUUUAUAAAUAUAAUGAAGCAUUGCAGUGAUCUGAAGUGUUGGUUGAAAUCAGUCCACAGAACAGGAGGAUCCCGUUCUUAGUCUGCCUGUUUCACCUUUAGCUCCUGGGUGAUUCUGAAAUCUUGAAGCCUCAUAAAGGUUCACAUGGGCUUUCAGAAUCACUCUUUUUACGUCAAAUUAUCCAAUGCAGGGCCAGAUUGUACAUGUACAUGGCCUGAUGUCUCCUUGAGAAACCGCAGCCACUCCAUGUAGUUUUUCUCUAAACUAAGUGAUCCUCUGGCACAUGUUUAGUGGAAUUCAAUUUGCGAGAGAAGAACUAGAAAAAAUAUAAGGGUUGGCUGGAGAACUCAGAAUGAUGUCGCCUUGAAAAACAACUGAGGCACAGUAGCUAUUGAUUGAAUUCCUGUUCCUUUUUAAUCGGUGUUGCUAAUUGGAGAAGAACGUUAUUAAAUCUCCAAGAAUCACAGUGUUUAACUGACCUUUGGUUGCUGAGCAGCGGCAAAAGCUUAAGAACUUAAGUACAUGUAUGUAGUGGUAGGGCACGCACUGCUAUGGUUUUGUGUAAACAUUAGUAGUAGCUGAAAUCAAUUUCUCCAUUUUGUGGCGUCUAGAAAACGGAAACAUACUGUUAUUAGAACUUGUGUCUGUCUGGAGUCAGUAUGUUUUCCAGGUAUUUGUGUGGCUUCCUCCCCUGUCCUCUGGAUUUCUCUCUCCUAGGGGGAAAGUUCAGGGGAAUUCAGGAUGACUCUAGGUGACUGAACGCAUGUGUGCAUGUGUAUGAUGUAUGUUGAGCCAGAAGAGAAAAUUAAACAAAGAAAAGUGUUAUCAGGACAGGUUCCCCAUAACAGAAAAGUGAUAUUGUGAAUAACAUAACCUGGUAUUAGACAUAAUAGGAAUUUUCCCUAUUCCCUCCUUUUUUCCCCGUACGUUAUGUUUGAUGCCCAAGUUAGAUAUAGGCAAUGACACUGAAUUGCAUUGAGACUGAUGCUGAUCUGCAAAUGCAGUCUGUUAAAACACGAGGCAGUGAGGCAAUGGUUGUCUCCACGACACUGACUUGAUGUCUUUGGAUACCGUUGGCAAAAAAGUUGCAUAUCUCUGUUGAAUAGAUUAAACUGCCUUGUGUGAAUAUGAUGCUAAUUAAAAUACUUUCAAUGUGACUUUUAAAAAUACCAGCUGUCCCCCACUGUAACUAGUGGAGUAUUUUAGAGUUUUCAGCCGUUGUGUUCGUAGCUAUUUUCUUUGCACUAGUGUACUUGCUUAGAAUCUUUCUGCCUAUCGCAUGGCAUACUGGAGACUACUUAUUAUGUUCAUUUAAGGAUUUGACUCUCAGAGAGAAUAUAAGCUGUCACAGAAAGCUUCUGCAAUUUCGAUUUCAGCAAACAACUGCGGAACGGUCUUCGUUUUUGACUUUUUCAGUUUGCAGCAUAAACAUCUACUGUGGUCCUCUGUAAGUAACUACUGCAUUCUUACAAUAUUUAAUAUAUCAGCAAUAAAAACUGUGCCAUCCCUCUUUCUAUCUAUCUAUCUGUCUGUCUGUCUGUCUGUCUGUCUCUGUCUGUCUAAUCUGUUUGCUAAUUUACCAAUUUAGCUGUUUAGCUUGUCUGUAAUUAUUCCAUUAUAUUUUAGUGUUUUUGCUUUACUGAUCCUUUAUGGUUUUCUGUCAUCGCCGCAAACCGGCGGCUCUGCUGCCACAUGUAUCUACACAAUCAGUCACAGGGGCAAACCAGGUUCUUCGUAACCCUCUAUAACAAAUUUCUUCAUUUUCGUGACGUAUCCGUUUGAUCCCGACAGAUUCUACAGUUUCAAUGAAUAUAUCAACGUAAUUUUCCUCUGUCAAUGUUUAAUUGCCGUUAGUGUGAAAGUUGUUUUUAUCGUAUGUGUUUUAUUCACCGAGUGCCGCACAGUCAUCAUUUUGUCGGCGUUAAAACAGAAUGUCAACUGUUUGUAAUUUAUGACUUUUUCAAAGUGUAAUGGGUAUCAAAAUGCAUCAGAUAUGUUCAAAUGAUGUAACACAUAAAAAUAUCUAAAGGGGUGUUUUCCUUUUGUGUGGCUGCCUUCUACCGCUGCAUUUCGUUGAGAAUGCUUGUGACCCUCUGUGUUCACUCCUACAUGCACAGAUAGUCAGAUUCAUCCAGCUACAUCCUGUCCCAUGCUGGUUAAAGUCGCACUUCUCUCCGCAGCAAUCCCUUUUGAAUCAUGCUUUCUUUUUAAAUGCUGAUUAUGUACCCAUCGCUUGAUGCAUUUAUUAUAAAUCACAGGCGCCGUCUGUGCCAGUCCUCUCAACAAGCCACCCAAAGGAAACGCCUUUCUUAGAUUUUCUUUGAUGCUUAACUUAUAGGUGACAUAGAAUCGGUUAUCUAAGUACUCUUAACAUGGUGGUAAAGGACGGAGGUUGAAAGUUAAAAGUCCUCUACAGUGAGCCCCUAUUUCAUUUUAACGAAACAAAACUUCCAUGAAUUUUUUGGCUUGUAUUGUCAAUUUCAGAAACUUCCAGUCCUGUUCCCUGCAUAUAACUGUAUUUGCUUGCUUGUGUUCCAGUUAAUCAGUAAGCAUUAGCUUCACGUGAGCUGAUAAUUGAAAUCAUUAAACCAAAUGUGUUGGAUUUGUUACUAUAUAUUUUUGUCAUACUUAGCUGAAUUUUGUGUUAAGAAAUUUCAGUAAUGGCAAAAUGAAGAUGUGACUAUUUUAUAGAUUUGUUCUUUAAAAGGAAAUAUCAGUUUUCCGAACAUUUGAUAAUGAAAAUGUGAGAUUAGGCCUAAUUAGACCGUUUUCCUUUGUUUGCAACAUGAACCACACAAAGUACAUUUUAUCAAAGGCCUAGUUCUGAUAAAUCAAGACUUUAUUUAUUUUAUGUAGUAAGACUGAAACACUGCAAAAAACGAUAGUAAGUCUCCCCCAGUGCAUUAUGUUGAUUGUCGUCAUUUCAACCAACUCAUGCGUUCGCAUGCGUACAAAACCAUCAUGGUUUGGCCAAAUAAUGAGACUAGGAAGCAGGUAAAUAGUACAGAAUGUAAAAAGUUGCAAUUGUUUAAUCUGUGGAUGUUUUAUUGAAUUAGGAGCAAAAUCUCCAUGUUUAAUUAUUCAGCUGUUAAAGCAUCAUAAUUUGUAUAUAGUAUUACUCAACGCAGUGUAAAUACUUAUAUGUUUCUAAUGAAUUAUCCAAAUCCACUAAUACCACAAAGCAAAAACGGUGUGACUCCAGCCAUUAUUCACAAAGAAUUCACUCAGGAGUUAUUUAAAGAUUUGCUCUAUUUAUUUUUUAAGUCGCACUUCCAUAAAGCCUGUCGGUGUGGAACAUGAAGCUUCUCUAGAAUCGUCUGUUUUCUAUCUGCAGUCGCUUCAUUUAAAGAAAAAAAAAUUGUGAUAAUAGAGAAUAAAGUUCUUAAAUAACUCAGGGGGCAAAGCUUUGUGAAUAUGGCUUCUCUUUAGGGCACACCCCCCUCCCCACAGGGACUAAAUAACAAAUAGCCAAAGUUGUCAAGGCAUUUAAGUAAUAUUAAUGGGGAACCCUAAUAGGACUAUUUUGUGAUAGCACUUGCUAGUUUGAGGAUUUCAAAAUAAACAAAUUGUACAAAAGCUUUACUUUUUGGUUUUGUAAAUACUGUGAAAAAUAAACUCUUACUUGCACUGAAA